UUCACUAUCAUUCAUAUGUUGCACCUGAGUGGUAAAGCUUGCAAUAUGAUCUGAUCCUUGUAUUGUGCAACCCAAAAGAAACCAAAUUUUUGGAUUUAUUUCCGAUGUUUUUGGCUUCUUUGCCAACAAUAUAGAUUCUUUUUUUUUAACUAUUAUUUUUAUUUUCUGCUUGUUUUCAAGCCAUUUUACUCGGAAUUUUCAGAUGUUCACAUGUCCGUUGGGAACUGGUUUCAUCUCCACUGGCUGGAUGGAGCUGUUAAAACAUUUAAAAAAGAAGUUGGUUCUCCUCUUCAUCACUGCUCUCUUCCUCUUUUUGGUCUUCACUUUGAAAACGCCCAGCACAUACAAAUCAAACCCAAAAUCAUCAGUGCCUCCAAGUGCUUGCUCCAUGAGGAUAUCCGAGCAGACCAUCACGCCGCUUAACAAUACCAAGCACUUACUGGUGUCAGCCUACAUGGACCAAAGAGUGAAGGAUUUUGAUAUACGCAUCAUUGGCAUAUUUAGGAGAGACUCCAUCCAACCCCUUCACUGCUUUUUCUGCUGUGCUGGUUAUUUAAGUGAAACCACUCCAGCAACAAUUUUACAGCAUCCAGAUAACUAUGGUUUUCCCUUUGUCACUACGGAUGUCAUGUGUCAGAUUCCUCAGAACUGCAAUGCGACACAUAUCACUCUCUUGACUACACCAGACAAACAGAGUCCAUCUACUCAUCAAUGGCUCCCAAUAAGAAACAAAGACACAGUUGGACAGAAGGAAGAAAACAUGCAGUUUGACUUUACAAUCUGCAUCUCUAACCUCUUUGGCGACUACAACAAUGUGCUUCAGUUUGCACAGACUCUGGAGAUGUACAAGUUGCUGGGUGUGAACAGAGUGGUGAUCUAUAACACCAGCUGUGGUCCAGAGCUCGAUCGCCUGUUGCAGAGUUACAGCGACGAGGGCUUUGUGGAAAUGGUUCCUUGGCCCAUUGACAAGCAUCUGAAUCCAUCUCGUGGCUGGCUUCACUCAGAGCACGGAGGGGAUUUGCAUUACUUUGGCCAACUGACCACACUUAAUGAGUGCAUUUACAGAUCAAUGGAGCGUUCUCGCUACGUCCUGUUGAAUGACAUUGAUGAGAUUAUAAUGCCAUACCAGCACGAGGACCUGAUGUCUUUGAUGAACAUGCUCCGAAAUCAGCAUCCAAAUGCAGGGGUGUUCCUUAUUGAGAAUCAUAUUUUCCCAAAGAAACACUUUGAGCCAAGCGGACGGUUUCACCUGCCUCAGUGGAACGGGGUGCCAGGAAUUAAUAUUCUGGAGCACAUCUACAGGGAGGACCCCGCCAGAAACAUAUACCAUCCAUACAAGAUGAUAGUUCGGCCAAGAAUGGUGGAGUGGACUUCAGUCCAUGAAGUGAUCAAGAAUUUUGGAGAACGCUACAAGGUUCCACUAGAUGUUUGUCGGAUCGUUCAUGUCCGCGUGGCUCUACUGGGAUCAUUAACCCUGGAGCAGCUUAAUGUGGAUAAACGACUGUGGGACUUUCAGGAAAAACUCAUUCCCAAUGUGGACAAAGUGUUGAAGAGGGUGGGAAUGCUGAAAUUGACGCAGAACUGAUGGAUAAGAUGUACAGGCACUACGAUGGACACUUGUUAAACGCACUGAAUCAGAUCGUGAAUGUGCACCUUUGAAUCAGGGGCAUUUGUGUGUCAUUGUUUUUUGAAUGGUUUGCUUAUUUUGCACCAAGUGCCAGUAAAAUCCCUACACUUACCUGAAUCCUGUUUAAUUGCCAACCUUGAAUAAUUACAAGCUUUUUGAAGGGCACAGUGGUUCUAAUGCUGUGUGAUAUGAGUGUGACCAUUUAAAUAGUCCUUAAUAUAAAUCUGUUGACAUAAAGAACUGCAAAUGUUUUAACUGUCCUGUGUAUGUCCCCUGAAGAGAGUAAAAACAUUUACUAAAUCCACAAUAUAACAUCCCAUAGAAUUUGUCCAGUCGUCAGGUUGGAAGAACCAGAGAUGGGGAAAGAAUUUGGAUCCGGGAUGGCUGUAGCUCAGGAGGUAAAGCAGGUUACCUACUAAUUGUAAGGUUGGUGGUUCGAUCCCUAUCAAAUCACCACAAUAUGCCAAAUAUUCUUUGGCAAGACAAUAACCCCAAGUGUCUCUGUGAUGUAUACACUGCAUUAUGAAUGUUAGAUAGAAAGAGCUUAUGGAAUAAAGUUUAAAUACUA